AUGGCCCACUCUCAAGGCAUUCUUGCAAAUGAAACCACUGCUCCGGCAUAUCUGCCUGAUUGCUUGUUGAAUAGCUUGAAAAUCAGGCAAGGAGAAAGCUCGGCACAGCAACUGGCCAUUGCCCAGUUGCAAAGUCAACCGAAGACUCCCAGCACAGUGGCACCAGAGAUAGCUCCCCUCGCCGAGCAAGUACCCGAAAGAUCAAGCAAUAAUGGGUCGGUAGUAGACCCCGCCAUAGUGAAGAUGAUCGAGGACCUCACCAAAAGGAUCGAAUCAGGUGAGAAGAUGAUUGCAGCCAAUGAUAAAAAGGAAAACAUGUCUGAAUAUGGUGAUGAUGCGGAGACAGAAAUGGGAGAGAAUCCUUUCGUAGACAUCGAGGAGUACAUUGAGGAUACUAACGCCAUUGUACCGCCAGCUGUUGGAGCUGCAACAUUUAAAGUGGAACACGGUCUAAUUCUGAUGCUCAAGGCAGAAGGAUUUUUCAGAAACUCCACAGAUGAUGAUCCAACACAACACCUUAGGAAUUUCUUGGGUGUGUGUGCAAUGCACAAACAAAAUAAUGUCUCUGACGAUGCCUUGAGGUUGAGAUGCUUCAAGUAUUCUCUAGCCGGGGAUGCGAGGAAAUGGCUCCAGAAUCUGCCACCCAACUCUAUCCAUUCUUGGCCCAAACUUGUCCGGGCAUUUUUGUCCAAGUGGUUCCCGCAGAGCAAAAAGUCUGAGUUGCGGGAUAAGAUUUUCUUCUUCAAGCAGAUACAGGGAGAGCAGUUGCAUGAGGCAUGGGAUCGCUUCAAAUUAUACUUGGUGAGGUCUCCAAACCACGGUUUUCCGGAUUCCAUGUUGUUGGAAAAUUUUUAUAUGGGUUUGGAUCCCAUGAACCAAGCCAUCGCCAAGAAUGCAGCCGACAGAUCUUUCAUGGACAAAUCAUUUGCAAGAGUGACACAAAUCUUGGACAAAAUGGCAAAGCACAACCAAGCAUGGCAUUCAGAGGAUACUACCGGAGGAAUCUCAUAUGGCUCUCCUUCCUUGAGCAACUUAAUCAAGGAAAAUCAAGAGAGGGAUCAAGUGAUUGCCAGGCUUGCAACAAAUGUAAAUGUGCUAACAAAGAUGUUUAUCGAGAAUCAGACAAAGAAAGUGAAUGCAGUGGAAGAUGUCCAACCCAUCUUAGAUGAAAAUUUUGAGGAAGCAAAUUAUAUCAACAACCCUCAAGGAGGGUGUCAAAGUCAACCCUACCAUGGUCAAGGGCAACAAAGCCAGUGGAGGCCAAACCCGCAAGGGCAAGGCCACCAACAAUGGAGAAAUGAUCAAGGUAACUCACAUCAAGGAAAUUGGAACAACAACAACUUUGCAAACCGGAGCUCCAACCCGUAUGUUCCCCCAAAAGGUCAUUAUGCAAAUCAAGGGUCGUCAAGUGAGUCAAAGUUAGAAAGCAUGCUUGAAAGAGUAUUGCAAAACCAAGAAAAGUCUGACGCGUCCAUGAGAAACAUGACCGAAGUUGUUGGCUCUCACACCGCAUCUAUCCAAAAGUUAGAGAUGCAAAUGAGAGACCUUUCAAGAGAGCAAAACCCAAAGCAAAAAGGGCAACUUCCUAGUGAUACCAUUGCGAACCCGAAGAGUGGUGGAAGUGGCUCAACUUCUCACGUCAUGGAAAUAACUACUAGAAGUGGGAAGGUUUUACGAGGUGACAUUAAGCAAGAGGUUGUUGGGGAAGAAGCCAAACAAGAAGUUGAAGCAGAAGAGCAAGGGGUUGUUGAAGUUGAAAGGGUGCCGGAAAAAGAGAAGGUGCAGGAAGUGAACCAAGAAGGGGUGAAGGAAAAGGAGAAGGAGACAUCAAAAGCUCCACCUCCUAUUCCUAGACCUCCUUCGCCUUUUCCUCAAAGACUUAUUAGAAGGGUUGAUGAUAGCAAGAUUGAGAAAUUCUAUGAUAUUCUAAAGCAAUUAUCGGUGAGCAUUCCAUUCUUGGAGGCUUUUCAAGAAAUGCCGGGGUUUGCCAAAUAUUUGAAGGAUUUGAUCACCAAAAAUAGGACCACAAAGAAUGAGAUGGUAAACAUGACUCACCGGGUUAGCUCUAUUAUUGCCACAAGACCUGUCCAAAAGAAAGAGGAUCCGAGAGCAUUUACUAUUCCAUGCACUAUCGGGGAGCGUGACUUUGCAAAAGCCCUUUGUGACAAUGGGGCUAGCAUCAACUUGAUGCCACUUGCCAUCUACAAGCAAGCGAGAUUAGGGAUGCCGAGGCCAACAAGCAUGAGGUUACAAAUGGCCGAUCGAUCUAUUAAGCGACCAGUAGGAAUUGUUGAUGAUGUGAUUGUGAAAGUUGGAAAAUUCCAUUUGCACGCCGACUUUGUAAUUCUUGACUGUGCUGUUGAUAAAGAGAUCCCUAUCAUCUUGGGGAUACCAUUCCGAACCACGGGAAGAGCACUCAUGGAUUCGGAGUGA